UUGAAAAAAAGAAGAGGCUCGAGAGACUGAAAACGUUGUCUGUGCUGUGUGAUUGUUUACAGACUGGUAUUUCCUGCGGUGUUAUCAAUAUUUCAAUAUAAUAAAUGGCAUCGACUUUAUUGUCACCCAUGGUGGAUUAUUAUAACGAUGAGGAAGAACUAGACAGCGUGGAUGAAGAUGAAGAUCGCAGUUUCAGAGGCAGAGACUCGGAAGAAGACACAGAAGAUGCCAGUGAAACAGAUCUUGCCAAACAUGAUGAGGACGACUAUGUUGAAAUCAAAGAGCAGAUGUAUCAAGACAAAUUGGCAUCCUUGAAAAGACAGUUACAACAGCUGCAAGAAGGCACACUGCAGGAGUACCAGAAGAGGAUGAAGAAGCUCGAUCAGCAGUAUAAAGAAAGACUCCGUAAUGCUGACCUCUUUUUACAACUUGAGACAGAGCAAGUGGAGAGGAACUACAUCAAAGAGAAAAAAGCAGCGGUGAAAGAAUUUGACGAUAAGAAAGUGGAGCUGAAGGAAAAUCUUAUUGCCGAGCUGGAGGAGAAGAAGAAGAUGGUCGAGAACGAGAAAUUAACAAUGGAGCUGACAGGAGAUUCCAUGGAGGUAAAACCUAUUAUGACCAGGAAGCUCCGGCGACGACCCAAUGACCCUGUGCCCAUUCCAGACAAGCGGAGAAAGCCUGCACCUGCUCAGUUAAAUUAUUUACUCUCUGAUGAACAGAUCAUGGAGGAUCUGAGAACAUUAAACAAGCUUAAAUCUCCGAAAAGACCAGGUAUGGACGUUUUGUCUUUUAGAGCCUCCCCGUCCUCUCCAGAGCACCUCCCGUCCACUCCGGUUGACACCCCGUCUCAGCGAUAUGAGGCACGGAUAGAAGAGGGCAAACUCUACUAUGAUAAGAGAUGGUACCAUAAAAGUCAAGCAAUCUAUCUGGAGUCCAAGGAGAACACCAAGAUCAGCUGUGUCAUCAGCUCUGUGGGGACCAAUGAGAUCUGGGUGAGGAAGACGAGCGAUAGUACGAAGAUGAGGAUUUAUUUAGGACAGCUGCAGCGAGGGGCCUUCAUCAUAAGACGCCGGUCAGCAGCAUAGAUGACACUCUUUCACUUCUUCUUUUUCUUGUUCUUGUUUUUUUUUUUUACAAACAUUUUAAUGGUCUUCCUGUUUUAAUGAGUCGUCUACUAUAUGCUGAAGCAUGAUAUUUCUUCCUGACUUUUCUUUUCUUUUUCUAUCACUCACAAAACUGGUAUAGACAUUACCAAAGUUUAUCAUGAGAUGUCUCACAUUUUUCUGUCUAUCUUUCUGCCUUUUUCUGUUUUUUAAUGAAAUUUGCAUUGUACAUGUAAUGCAGUCCAAACCUCUGAGGUAACUCCUCAGCGCUCUCUGAAGCGAGUAGACGACAAUAGACUUUUGCAUUGUAUUCUAUCGCCAGUAAAGCAUUUACUUUGAAGUGUUUUGUUGAUAUGUCAUGCCAUAACCUAUUCUCUCCACACAUUUGUAAAUGUACAGGAUUUCAAAUUACUUUGCAAGUUUUAAUUUUGUACUCGGUCCGAUAUUAAAUAAAUCAGCUCAUACUAUACAAAACAA